AUGAGUUCAUCGUCUGAAGCGACGCCCCUUUUAGGCGCCGCCGUGGGAGAUACCUCGGCUUCCUCGAGUUUAUUACCUCACCGACCCGAAAGCGACGGUAGCCGCACCCAAGACAAGAGGCUAUCCGCCGGCGUCGCCCGCAUGACCGUCGUCUCCAAGAACCUCACCACGGCGCAUCGCGUCUGGCUCUUUGUCGGCAUCUUCAUCGUCGGGUACGCCUACGGUCUCGAGAGCCAGGUGCGCUCCGCGUACCAGCCCUACGCGACUUCGAGCUUUCAUCUGCACUCGUACCUCAGCACCAUCAACGUCUUGAGGAGUGUCAUUGCUGUGGCGGUUCAGCCGACGGCUGCAAAGGUUGCUGACGUGCUCGGUCGCUUUGAGGUUAUUGCGAUUUCUACCAUUUUGUACACGGUCGGAAUUGCCAUCGAAGCGAGUGCGCAGUCUGUUGAGGUGUUUUGCACCGGGUCCAUGAUCUACCAGGCCGGAUACACGUGCAUCGUUCUCCUUAUGGAAGUUCUCAUCGCCGACUUUUCAUCUAUGCGAGCGCGCGUAUUCUUCAGCUACCUUCCCGCUAUUCCUUUCCUCGUCAACACUUGGAUCAGCGGAAACAUCACCUCGGCGGUGCUGAGCGCGACUUCUUGGCGCUGGGGUAUCGGAAUGUGGGCAAUCAUCUAUCCCAUCGCUUCACUUCCCUUGCUAUCUUGCCUCUACUUCCUCGAGCGUCGCACCUGGGAAACUGAAGACGGCAAAGAGAGUCAAGAGAUUGCGCCGCUGAUUUCGCUGCGAACCAACGAGGGCCGAUCUAAUCUCUUCGACCAGCUCGAUGUCGUCGGCCUCCUCACUCUCGUCUCUGCCUUCUCCCUCAUUCUGGCCCCUUUGACUGUCGCCGGAGGAACAGUGAGCCACUGGCGCAGCUGGUACAUCAUUCUCCCUCUAACUCUGGGUCUUUGUUCCAUCAUCGCAUUCGUCUUUUGGGAACAGCGAGGCGCAAGGCAUCCACUUAUCCCCUUCCAUCUCCUUCGCGAUCGAGGCGUCUGGUCCGCCUUGGCCGUCAGGAGUUUGCUCAAUUUUGCAUGGUAUACUCAGGGCAACUAUCUCUACACGGUUCUCAUCGUUGCAUUUGAUUUUUCGGUCGAGAAUGCGACCCGCAUUUUGUCAUUCUUCUCAUUCUUUGGCGUCAUCACUGGAGUUCUUGCCGGUCUCGUCAUUUUCAAGAUUCGCCGUCUCAAGUUCAUCAUCGUGGGAGGAACCUGUCUCUUCAUGGUUGCAUUUGGCGUUCUCAUUGCAUAUCCCGGAGACCCUUCCAAGUCAUCACAGUAUGGAAUCAUCGCGGCACAGGUUCUCCUCGGGGUGGCUGGAGGAUUCUUUGCCUACCCAACUCAAGCAUCGAUUCAGGCGUCUGCAUCUCGCGAGCAUGUGGCCAUUCUCACAGGUCUUUACCUUUCCUUCUACAACGUCGGCAGCGCCUUUGGAACCUGUCUAUCCGGCGCCAUCUGGACUCAAACCUUAUACGGAACUCUAAAGUCAAACCUAGACUUUCAGUCAAACAAGACGCUGGCAGAGGCCAUCUACAACUCACCAUUCUCUAUUGUGCCUGACUACCCAGUCGGUACAGAGAUUCGAACGGCCAUCAUCGACAGUUACAGCUCGGUUCAGAAACUCCUCUGCAUUGCUGGAAUGUGUGUUUGCAUCCCCAUGGUUGGAUUUGCACUGGCUCUUAGAAACCCUCACUUGUCGGAGCGCGAGGUUCAGAUUGAAGAUGACUCCGAGGAGGCUUAA